AUCCAAUGAAUCGCGAUGAGCUCAAAAAGCCCCCUUUUUUGUUCACAUCUCUUGUUAUUCUCUCUUCGCAAAGUUUCAUCCUUUCUGUGAUUCUGAUUCUCGUCUCUUCUGGUUUAUCUGAAGAUUCGCUCGAGGUAUGGCUUCCAAACGCAUCCUGAAGGAGCUCAAGGAUCUGCAGAAGGAUCCUCCUACCUCCUGCAGUGCUGGUCCGGUUGCAGAAGACAUGUUUCAUUGGCAGGCGACACUCAUGGGUCCUUCUGAUAGCCCUUAUGCCGGUGGUGUCUUUUUAGUCUCCAUCCAUUUCCCUCCUGAUUACCCCUUCAAGCCGCCUAAGGUUGCAUUCAGGACAAAGGUGUUCCACCCGAAUAUUAAUAGCAAUGGGAGCAUAUGUCUGGAUAUUCUCAAAGAACAGUGGAGUCCUGCUCUAACCAUAUCCAAGGUUCUUCUGUCGAUAUGCUCGUUACUGACAGAUCCAAACCCGGAUGACCCUCUCGUGCCCGAGAUUGCUCACAUGUACAAGACUGACAGAGCAAAGUAUGAGGCCACUGCUCGGAGCUGGACCCAGAAGUAUGCAAUGGGUUGAAGGUUUGAAAACAGCUUUUUAACCCUUCCUGGAGAAGUCGUGAGAAAUUUGAUAUAUGCUACUACUACAAUGGUGAUGAUUAUGAAUGAUGGGAGGAUCUGUGAAUAUAAUGGGGUUUGCUAUUUGCAUGAUGUGUGUGAUCUGUACCACUUCUGUUAUUGUUGAGAAUUUCAUGGAAUGCUAUCAUGUUUCUGGGAUUCUAGACAGGACCAAGAAACAAAUCUAAACACAGAAAGAUUCGUACAGGAUUGUAUCUUCCAUGAUCU